CUGUGCAGAGGUUCCGAUCUAAUACAAUUACACCUAAAACAUAUUUGCUUUGUCUGAAUGUGUGAACACAGUCGGUUUCUCGUCUUCUGUCUUCGUUUGUAAAGUUUCAUUCACCUGGAAUCAGCUGCUUCUUUCCACUCGCGCGCCCCCGACGCUCUGUUGGCAGCAGCCGGACGCGCGCCGCGGUGGGCGCAGGGCCAGGAGGCGUCUUCAGGGCGAAGCCUCGAUUCAUCUGCAGCGAGAGAGAGAGAGAGAGAGAGUCUGAGCGACGUGGACCGAGCAGAGGAGAGGAGAUCAGAGUCUGGACUUUGGGUUUAGAUCUGAGGAGAGGGAAACUGCAGCCUCUGAAGUUUCUGGACGACACCGUCUGGGUUUCUCAUCAGGAUGAAGCAAACAACUUUCCUGUUGGUGUUUGGAGUUGUCCUGAGCUUCUGUCAGGCUCAGUCGGAGACGGGAGGUGAGGAGACGGGUGGAGAGGAGGAACAUGUGGAGCUCUUCACCACGCCAGCAACAAAGAUGGGCGCUGCCACCUCGGACUUUGGCUACAACCUGUUCCGUGCCCUGGCGAGCCGCGAAUCUGCAACCAACAUAUUCCUGGCCCCCAUCACUGUGUCCGCCGUGCUGACACAGCUGUCCAUGGGAGGGUCUGAGCAAGCUGAGCGGCAGCUGUACAGGGCUCUGAGGUACCACACCCUGCAGGAUCCUCAGCUCCACACCACCCUGAAAGACCUGCUGGCCUCCGUCAAGGCUCCUGGAAAAGGCCUGAGCACUGCUGCACGCAUCUACCUGGCACGACGUCUUCGUCUGAAGCAGGACUUCUUCUCGCUUGUGGAGCAGCAGUACGGCGUUCGUCCCAAGGCACUGCUGGGAGGAAACAGAGACAUGAAAGAAAUCAAUGACUGGGUGAGUCAGGAGACGGGCGGGAAGGUGCAGCGCUUCCUGGCCAAGGCCCUCCCCCGAAACUCUGCUGUGAACACAGUGAGCGCCGCCUACUUUAAAGGGAAGUGGGUGACCCGGUUCAGUCAGAGUGGAGUAAUGGAGAACUUCCAGGUGGACGGGGGUUCACCUGUUCGCAUUUCCAUGAUGCAACAGGAUAACUACCCUGUGAAGAUGGGAGCCGACUCAGAUCUGAGCUGCACGAUUGCUCAGAUUCAGAUGCAGGACGACAUCAGUAUGUUCAUCUUCCUGCCCGACGAUGUGACUUCCAACAUGACUCUGCUGGAGGAGAGUCUGACCGCCGAGUUUGUUCAGGACCUCUCCAUGACGCUCCUCCCCGCCCAGGUGUCCCUCACCCUGCCCACCCUGAAGCUCAGCUACUCCACAGACCUGCUGCCGCUGCUCAAUGACCUGGGUCUCGCUGAGUGGCUUGAGACCCCGGACCUGGAGAAGAUCUCGGGCCAGGCUGCCACGCUCAGCAGCGUCAACCACAAGGUUGUCAUGGAGACAGCGCCAGAGGGGAACCAGUACCCGAGCGCCACCUCGACAACCAGCCACCUGUCGUACCGUGUGGACCGCCCCUUCCUCUACCUGAUCCGCGACGAAGCAUCAGGGGCGCUGCUCUUCAUUGGGCGAGUGGUCAACCCCAAGGACCUGUCGAUAUAACACACACACACACACACACUCUUAGCAGGUCCUAGGAGGGAUUUCAGGUGUUUGCUUUGCGUUUGUGGUUGGGUAGACGUCUUUUUGAUUUCAAUUUGAUUUUACAUGAUUUUUUUACUUUUCAUGUUGAAACACGUUGGCGUGAUCAUGUUAAUCUGACAGGAUACUCAAACACACUGAUGAUACUCUGAGCUCACCAAAGGACUUAUUUUAAAGAAAUCAAAUAUUGUCAUUUGUUUUCAAAGAAAUAAACACGACAAUGAAACUGGA